UGGCAGUUCGGCUUCCAGGCGGCGCAGCCAAACGAGCCCAGGUCUUCCUCUUCCGCUCCUCCGCCGGCCGCUGGAAGUAGAGAAGCCGGAGAAGUCGGCGGCCGCCCCGCAGCUGUGCGUCCUCCUCGCUUCCUCGCCUUCCCUCCGAUUCAAGCCGGGCGUCCCAGGCUUCGCUCUGCCGAGCCCGCAGCCCACGCCGCGGCCGACAUGAGCUUCUUGUUUGGUAGUCGCUCUUCUAAAACUUUUAAACCAAAGAAGAACAUCCCAGAGGGUUCUCACCAGUAUGAGCUCUUAAAACAUGCAGAAGCCACACUUGGCAGUGGGAACCUGCGGAUGGCCGUCAUGCUUCCUGAGGGAGAGGACCUAAAUGAGUGGGUCGCAGUGAACACUGUGGAUUUUUUCAAUCAAAUCAAUAUGCUUUAUGGAACCAUCACAGACUUCUGUACAGAGGAGAGUUGUCCGGUGAUGUCAGCUGGACCAAAAUAUGAGUAUCACUGGGCAGAUGGAACCAACAUUAAAAAGCCUAUCAAGUGCUCUGCACCAAAGUACAUUGAUUACCUGAUGACCUGGGUUCAGGACCAGCUGGAUGAUGAAACAUUAUUUCCAUCAAAAAUUGGUGUUCCAUUCCCGAAGAAUUUCAUGUCCGUGGCGAAAACAAUUCUCAAACGACUCUUUAGAGUUUAUGCUCACAUAUAUCACCAACAUUUUGACCCUGUGAUCCAGCUUCAGGAGGAAGCACAUCUCAAUACAUCUUUCAAGCACUUUAUUUUUUUUGUUCAGGAGUUCAACCUUAUUGACAGAAGAGAACUUGCACCACUCCAAGAACUGAUUGAAAAACUCACCUCAAAGGACAGAUAAAAGGAUGAAAGCUGCAAAUUUUUCCUCCAGUGAACUGUGCGGAGUGUAUUUGGGCUUUGUUAUAUUUUGUUUUUAUCUGGAUUGUUUCUGUUUUAGGUUUGGGGUCUUGUUUGGGUUCCCUUUUCUCUUCUGAAAUACAAAAUCAUAUUUUGUUGCUAGAGGAAGCCAAGAACCAUUCUCUACAUUUGAAAAUGGCAAAUUUGUCUUAGUGGUGUACAAUAUUUUUUUUUAAGUACUUUAUUUUUAUUAACCUGGUUUGGGUUAUUUGAGGACUUUUUAAGAUAUUGUACUCUGGAAACAAAUACUAACUGAAAUGCUGAUGGGUUGAACUCUGUGUUAUGUAAAUUGUGACCCACUUUGAAGUCCCUAAAAAAGACUUAUGUGUUUUUAAGUGCCUUGAUAGGUUCACUUCUAAGGUGCAAAGCACAGAUAUAGUACUGAGCAGAGCUUGAAACAAUAUUAGAGUUUCUAUCUAGGGCACUUAGUUGUGCAUGUUGUAAAGUAAUCUGUUAUAAAAGCCAUAGUUUACUCAAGUUGAUGAUGUCCAGUUUUUGCUACAUUGAAAAAACAUAAUUUGUAAAGUUGUGCAUGUAGAACAUAAAUGUAAAACAAAAUUAUUUCUUAAUUAUUUUUGACAUAAUUUGUAAAGGUGUGCAUGUAGAACAUAAAUGUAAAACAACAAAAUUCUUAAUUAUUUUUGAUAUUGACUAAUAUAUUCUGUUCAGCAGAUGUUUAAGGUUCUACAAGCAGGUCUUUUUCCAUCUCUUGAUAUCUGUGAUAUUGAAAUUUGAGGAUGUUGAAAUGUAAUAGCCAUUGCAUUUCAGCUUCUUCCUAUAUGUUAAAUGCACUGUAAGUGUAAAACUUCAGGUUAUAUAUAGAAUUGCCGUCUUCAAAAAGGAUGUUGAACUGUGAGGUUUCCUAGGAAUUGCCAAAUGAGCCCUAAGUGCAGAAUCCCCAUGUAUUUCAGAGAGGAAGGAAAAAUGAGAAUGGGUGGUGGCAGGCAUUAGUUUGUUUGGGAAAUCAAAAGAGAAGCAAUUAAGUAUGGGGAGUCAAUUCUAGAAAGUUCUGUUUUAAAACCCUGGAAUAGAAUGGUGUUUAUUACACAUAAACAGAGUCUUGAAGACUUCCUUUUAGAAAUCAGCUUCCAUGAGAAGUUAAAAAUACUUAGUUUUAGGUACAGACAUUAAACAUUUAAUGACUAUUUGGGGAAAUUAAUCACUUUUUAGCAUCUCCAUUCAGUGAAUGAAGCUGGUAUCUGACUGUCAUUUUAAAUGACACACUACCUUGAUUUCUGGUGCAGUUUGAAGCACCCUGGCUUUUUAUUUUCCACUGUGAAAUCUAUUUUCUUUGUGAUGACACCCAGUACUGAGAAUGCUAGCUCGGUAGUGAAUGACUUUUACAUUUUAGUUGACAUGACAUUCUGUUGAGUCGUCAUCAUCAAUUACAAGUUCAAGAAUUUGGUUUUUAGAAUAAACAUUGAGGUUUCCCCUCCCCUGCCUUCAGUUUUGUUCUUGAGAAAUACUCUUUUCAGACUCUGAGUUUUAAUUUUGUCAGUUUGGGUAAAUCUGUUUCCCUCAAUUCUCUCUCUCUGUAGUUAGUUUCCCCUAGUAAAAUAGAAAUGCUUGCUCUGAAUUUGUAUGCAAAUAAUUAGUGGGAAAGAGUCUGAAAUGAAGCAAGUUUGGUUUGUCAUCGGUAAGUGACAAGGAUAAGAAUUGAAUGCCCUUGCAGGUAUGAUCACUAGGAGCUGCCUUUUUCUCCAUUUCAUCUCUGUGAUGGUGAUUGCUCACCAAGUACCAAUAAUAAAAGGAACAAAACCUUGGAAAAGGUAGAUAAUACUGGGCAUUUAUUAGUAGUGCUUAUUUGUGAACUGACAGCUAGCUGAUUUCCUUAAAAUAAUUUUUUUAGUAUCUAAAUAGAUAACAUCAAGCAUUAUGAGUUGCUUCAGAAUUCUGAUGUUUGAGUCCUCUCUGAACAGUAAAUGAACCCAUAAUUACUUACCGAAACGGUCUUCCAUAGUCUUGACUUCAUAUUGCCCUAGUAACACGGGGCUUCCAUAGCAGCAGCAUGUAGAGAGAGGAGAGGGAGAGGUUGUUUCUGGUCCUUUGAGCCCUACAUCCAGCGCGCUAUAAGAAUGGAAAACCAAUCCUACAAAUUAGUGCUUGGUAGCAGGGCUUAAUGUUCCCACUGCACUAGGUAGGAGCUGUUUUCACUGUGUCAGAAUCUCAGGUGCCACUGUUAGAAGUAGUCCCUCAAUUUGGGGAAGUAAGGAGAUAACGUUUUUUUUUGGUUUUUGGUUUUUUUUUUGGGGGGGGGGGUUGUGUGUGUAGUGAGAAAAUAGAAACUCUCCUGGGAAAGGGCCUGACAAGUGUACAUGGUGGCAGAUGGCGCUAAGUAAGGAAACAAUAGAACUCAAGAGAAAGCCAGUUUAGUAAACUUGCUUGGAGAGUAAAGAUCAGAGUUCAUUCUGCAGGAGAGCUUGCUUAUAACUGUCUCUUAGAUCCCUUUCAGAUCUGCUCGCUUAGAAAUAAAAUCUCCCCUUUCUUUCUCCCCCCCCCCCCCUUUUGAGACUGGGUGUAUGUGUAGCCCUAGCUAGCCUGAAACUUGCUACAUAGAGCAGGUUGGCUUCAAACUCUCAGAGAUAUUCCUUGCCUCUGCACCCUACAUGCUGUGGGACUAAAGGGGUGUAGCACCAUUAUCUGGCUGCCCCAUUUUUUAUGCAUUUAUAAAAGUGCAAGUUGUUUUCCUCAUUCUUUCAUAAGCUCAUCCCAUACAAUUGGAUAUAGAAAAUUAUCAUUAUAUUGUUAUUCACAGUGCUUUGGUUAGAUGCGUAUAUAACAAAACAGGUUUUAGGAAAUAUUAGUUGUCAGCGUAGUGGUCGUGUAGAGAGACUGACUGAGUAGGUGGUGCUGCUGCCCUGUUCACUUGUUGACUUGGUUCUCCCACUCCCCACAGAAGCCACACUGUUAGACUGCCCCAGACAACGAGCAUGGUGUGUUGGUGGGUGGCUUUGGAGCUCUGUGUACCAUAAACUGAAACAUUUUAGGUUGUUGCCACUUUUCGUUAUUUUAGUCAUUGUAAAUUCUAAAUGGUCAACAUAAAAUGUAUUAGGUAGCAGAAUAUAUUUUUAAUAUGUAUUUCUGAGUUACUACCUGGAUUAUCAGGAUGGAUGAAGCACUACAAUCUCUUCCCAGAAAAUAGAAAUAUGGAUAUUUAUAUUUUGCAUAUGUAAUCACUAGAUUCCAUUUUGUGUAAUGAGCGUUUUCCUUGCUUAUGGGAAAAGUAGCAGCAAAACAACAGAUUUCUUUUAUAGCUUUGUCUACACCCUCUCUGAGAGAGGCUUUGAUAACCACUAAAAUGGUAGAUUAUGUGAGAUACAAAUACUAAGUUGUGGAACUUUUUUUAAAAAUGAGUAUGUUGUACCUUAAUCAACAUCCACAUGAGAGCUGACUUUCAAAGAAGUUCUCUUUGGAGCACUGUUUAUUUCAGCUAUGCUCAAAGUAUGUUUCUAGAACUUUGUCAUGUGUCAUAGGUGCUUUGAGAGUUGGUUUAUGACUACAUAAGAGAUCAUUUUCAUAUUUUUAGUUGCACAGUAACAAUUUUUGAAGCUAAUAGAACCAACAUUAAUUACCAAAUCAAGUUCACAAACUUGGCUAUUCUCUGAGAACCAAGCCAACUUGGUAAUUCAGAGUAUGUUGUAGGCUCUAAAUCUUGGGAGAAGACUGCUAUCAGUGACUGCUCACAGGAUAGAAGUUUCCUGAUGUCACUAUUGGAAAUAGGAACCAUCAUUUACAUGUGAAAACAUUUUUUUAAAAGAAAUUAAGUAUAAUUACUUUGAAUUUAAAUAGAAUUUUUAAGGGUUUUCUCUAGAUCUUGCUUUCUGUUUUCCUCCCUUUUAAAACUUUUGAAUUAUGUAGGAUAGUUUUGAUUGAGAGAAUAGUAUGAAAAAGUGGAUCCAGUACUUAAAACAGCAGUUUAAAGAAACAAGCCUUUUUACCUCUGUUGUAUUCUGUUUUAUUUUAAACAAGUCUUCCUUUCAGUCUGACUUUAAUUAAAGACUCGAGGUUGAUGUAUAAGAAAAAUUGGAAUAAAUUUUAUUAUAAAUUAUGCCAUGUGUUACCUUACCUAUUGUGAAUAGCUUUUAAAAUUAUAUAAGUACUCAGAACAUGUCAUUUAUAACAGUAAAUUCCUAUUGAAAAUAUACUGGACCAAAAGUUUAUUUGUAAUGUGGAAUGUGAUUACAUACUAGGGAAACAUGUUAUUUUGAAACUUUUUUGACAUAUUAAAGAAUAUACCACUUUAACUCAGCUCAGUCUUGAAGUAUUGCUCCUAAUGGACUUUAGUAUUAGGGCUUUGCCGUAAUCUAGAGAUUUACCAUGAUCAUCUGUGAGUGAUAAUAGAGGUUUGUUUCAAGAUUUAAUAAGAAAGUUCAAAACUAACAAACAACAGGCAUGCAGCAGGAUUCUGAAGGCAGAUGAUUUGAAUUUUCAAGGCUUUCAGAAGUCCAUCUGUGAGAACUCAUUUGAAGGAUAAGACUCCGUGGUCUGUCUACCACUCGUACUUGGACUUGCUUGUAUUCUCACAAAAGAGAAAAAGUGCAAAUUAAAUUGGGCCCUCAGUUUUUAGUCGUGGUGCAAGUUCCUGGUACAGGUGUCUUCCUUCCCUCCCUUCCCACUCCCCCUUCUUUCCCUCCUUCUUCUUUUGCGUGUAUUGCUACACAGUUCUCAAACAUGCAGUGAGAUCACUGGCCUUCACAGAUUUGUGUUUUCCACUCUGCAUCUGUUGUGUACACUGCUCUCAUGCACUCAAGGCUGACUUUACAGCUAGUCUUUGUUAGUAGUUCUGAAGUAUUGUUGACAUACAGGUUUUCUUUUGUUUGCUCUUUAUGUCACCAAAGCUGCAGUUAUUAUUGGUGAUGUAAAGUGACAGUUUCCUAAUUUCUCUCAUAAUUCUUUUUUUUUUUUUUUUGAGACAGUCUCUGUAGCUUUAGAGCUUGUACUGGAACUAGCUCUUGUAGACCAGGCUGGCCUUGAACUCACAGAGAACCGCCUGCCUCUGCCUUCCGAGUUCUGGGAUUAAAGGCGUGCGCCACCACCGCCUGGCUCAUAAUUAUUCUUAUAAGUGGAUAUUUCUUCUAGUUUUGCACAAAUUUGCGUUUUUGUUUCUGAAAUAGUAUAGGUUGUAAAACCUAUUAGUGCAUUUUUAUUUCGGAACAUUUUUCUCCUUAAAUUGUUUUGCAGAAAUGACUAUUUUUAGGGAAAAUAGUUUUUUACAGCUACUAAAUUUUGUUUGUUAUUUUUGUAUAUGCAUAACCAGGGUGGUGAAAUCACUAAUAUUUUAGGGAAGACUUUUGUUCUAUUUGAUUUUAAGAUAUCUUAAGAAUUUAAGAUAUUACUUAAAAGUAUUGGUAGAAAUAAUGUCAUGAAAACAGUAAAUAGAAGGAACAUUUAAAGUCAGAAUAGAAAUCAUUUUUGAAGACAAAAAUCAGAAAUACUGCCAGUACCAAGUAAAGGAAGCAGAAGGGCAGCAUUUGCAUUGUGCACUUGCUUUAGUAUGCACAGAGACAGAGUCUGUUCUCAUGAGGGACAGGUUCUCUACUGGGCAGUUAGAUGGGACAAAGAUGCUCUAAAAUAUGAAAUGCAGCGUGGGUGCCAUGUUGUAAAUUGUGCCAAGAUUAUACAAAUUGUAGCUAUUGAUCAAAGUUUAAUUGCUUCAUUAUUGUUAUUUUAAAGGAAAUACUGAAUGUCAGAAAAUCUGUAAUGUUUUGUUUUAGAAAUGUAAAUAAUGUAUACAGUCUUAUAUGUGGUGGAAUGGGAGGUAUUUAAAUUCUAAGUUUUUCUUUUUUUUUUAAAAGAAAAUGUUUAUAAGGAAAAAAACCCCUAAUAAAUAGUUAUGUUUGACCAUGAA